CCUCGAGGCUGUCUAACCGGUCAAACUCUACGCUGUCCAUGUUGAAAACAGAGCUUUCACUUCGGCCCCGGAGAAGCUGUUGGUUCUGUUUACAACGUCCGCCGCCAUUUGUGUGACGGGUGCUGCCUUCAGGUUGCAGACUUCUGUCCACUGUGCUCCACAGUGUUCUCAUGGAUGUGAUCCCAGAAGAGAGCGAGCACCAGGACUUCAGCAGAGAAUCGAUCACCAUGGAGGCAUACAAUGUUGUUCCAGAGCCUGGAGGAAGAACCUUUCAGAGGUUCUCAGUCAACACCAAUGAAUCGUUACGUUUUGAACCCUGUGAAGAAAGCUGUCCGUCUCCCACUGGGGCAGAACAUGGACCUGAUGAUGUGUUUGAGAAGGGAGAAUAUGAGAAUGAGAUCGUCUCCAUCAGGAAUCAGCUGCAGGGGAAGGUUGCUGAAAUGGAGAACUUUGCUGGUCAUUUGGAGGAAAUCUUUCUGACUGUGGAGGAGAAUUUUGGCCGCCAGGAGCAGCACUUGGAGCAACACUACAAUGACGUGCUGCACACGUUGUCUCAACGCUACGACGAGGGGGCGACUGGACUGCAGGAGGAGAAGAAGAGUAAGUUGGAAUCCCUGUACAGUCAGCUGCUGGUCUGUGGUCAGGCACUGGACGCCUCAAAGGAGCUCAUCGAGAUGGCCCAGGAGAUUUACCGCUGCCAGGACAAGAGGUUUUUCCUAAAGACAGUUAUGCCCAUCAUUAAAAGGGUUGAGGAGUUUGCCAAGGAAGACAUUGACCUCACGCUAUCUACCAGCCUUGAAUUCAGCACGCCGCUUGCUGAUCUGUCAGAUGUGAAAACCAUGAUGGACUCCAUCAAUGUUGUUCCAGCUCCGUCUGCACCAGUGAUCAACCCACAGCUGCCCAACUCGGCCACCCAGACCUCCCUGCAUGUGUGCUGGAGCUUAUUCUCAGAUGAUACGGUGGAGUACUAUGAGCUUUACUACAGAUCGGUGCUGGAGGACAUGCCUGCAGACAGUACCUGUGCACCACAGGAAAGCAAGGUAAAAGUGAAAGAGACCCACUGUACUGUGACAGAUCUGCUCCCUAAUGCUCAGUAUGAGCUUUGGGUGAUGGCUACCAACACAACCGGUAUCAGCCCAGCGAGUGAGAAGGCCUUAUACAUGACAGUGCCGUCACCUCCUGUGAUCAAACAGAGGGAGUGCAGCAGCUGCCCAGAAGCUGCUCUGAUCCGAUGGGAGUCAGGGAACACCAACCCUGUAGACUCCUAUACUGUGGAGCUCAGUGAGAUGGGAACUGUUGGCACAGAGAGCAACAUUACUGAGUCUAUAGUGGCCGUGCCCACCUGUCAGUGUCUGAUCCAGCUGCAGGCAGGGCGACAAUACCUCAUCUCUGUAAGGGCUGUCAACAUCGGCGGUCCAAGUGACAGCAGUGAUGCUAUAACCAUCUCUACAACAGGCACGUUCUUCUACCUUCUGGAGGACACUGCUCAUCCUUGCCUGUCCAUGUCAGAAGAUGGCUUCACUAUAUUCUAUGGAGACGAGGAAUUCCCCAUUACUGCAAUGGCUUUCGAAGACAACACUUUCACAAGAUGUGUAGCCAUACUGGGAGAUCUUAUUCCAGUGCGAGGCAGGCAUUACUGGGAAGUCGAGGUGGAUAAUGAGACUGAGUUUCGUAUUGGAGUUGCAUACGAAGACACAGAGAGGGACUCGUACCUCGGGGCCAACAGUACUUCCUGGUGUAUGAGACACAUUCGGACCCCAUCCAGACAUAAAUAUGAGUUCCUGCAUAACGGCUGGAGUCCAGACCUGAGAAUAACGGUUCAUCCAGUGCGUAUUGGAGUGGCUCUCGACUACGACAGGGGAACUCUGAGCUUCUUCAAUGCAAACCUGGUGCAACAUCUGCAUACCUUCCACUGUCGCUUUCAGAAUGAUGUCCACCCCUGUUUCAGCUUGGACAGCCCAGGAGCUCUUACUGUAUACAACGGCAUAGCAGCUCGUGACUACACAUUCAUCUAACAGGCCAUUGGUGUAACAAUGUUAUAAACAGAGCUGCAAAUCAAGCUCAGUUUGCAUUACUGUUCAAUAGUGUUUCGUGACGGUUGCAGUGAGUCAUUCUGUUCAGACAGACAGAAAUACAUCAGUAAAGACGAUCCACUUUU